AUGGCGAAGAACUCGGCCUCCGCGUGGCGAGAGCGCUCUGUCUUUAAAAUGUACUCAGUGAGGGCGAGCCAUGGUCUGUGGCUGGGGUUGGUGCUGCUGGGGUGGGUGCUCAUCCCCAUCAUGGCUGGCUGCCUGGGGCCCUUCAUGGGAGGAGUGGUGGGUAAUGUCCCGACGGUGCUGGUCUCUACACUGUCACAACGUGAAGACACCACCAACCUCUGCCUGAGCACCAUGGCUGCCUCAGACCUGCUCACCCUCCUGGGCCUGCGCAAACUCCAUGGUCUCUGGCCCUGGCCCUUCAUGCAGCUGCUGUGCUGCCUCUCCCACUGCCUCACCGAGGGCUGCCCCUGUGUCCUCCACAGCACCACCCUCACCAUGGAGCAUUACCUUGCCAUCUGCUUCCCCCUCAAGGCCAAGGUGGUCGUCACCAAGCGCAGGGUGAAGGCCUCCAUCGGCAUCCUCUGGGCCUUCGCCUUCCUCUCUAUCACCCCCUUCUUCUUCCUGGUCAGUGUGGAGCAGCCCAACGACGAUCCUGACUUCAGCCGUGAGUGCAAGCGCACCCCAUAGAGCCCAGCCUGCUGGCCACCAUGUUCUAGGUCAGUCACAUCUGCCUCAACACCCUCUACAGCUUUGUCAGCCGGGAGCUGUGGUGGAGAAGCCCACCUUCCUGCGCGGGGUAGGGAUAGCACAGCAGAACAUCCCGGCCAUGCUACCGAGCCCUCCAGCGCCCCCAGAGACUGCUGCGGCAGGGAUUUUGCUCCCUCACGGCUAAG